AUGCUGAUCUUUUUCUUAUUUAUUUUAUUUCCUGGCGCCGUCUUCGCGGUUCGUUUUGUUUAUGAUUUUUCGAGAGCUUCCCUCUAAUACCAAUCCAACCUUUUAACAGUUUUUAGUUCAGGCUUCUCCAACGCAAAAGGUUUGUUUUAUGAUGAACAGCUUUCAGUGGUGGCAUUCGAUUUCAUUUUGCUAACAUUUUUCGCGCUGAUAAGCAUUAAUACUUUUGAGUUGCUAGCUAACAUUUUAAAGCUUUUCUUUUGUUCCUAUCCUUCCUAUGAAAAUGGUAAAUAAUCCUUUCCAGAGGCUGUUGCGAAUCAACGAGUGGUACUCGUUCAAAUUCGACUCACACGCCAUUCUCGACGUCAAUGUCUUUGCCACCUGUGAUAAGUCCGUUAUCAAGGCUCAUUUUUACAAGUAUAAAAGUUGUAGAAGUAGGUGAAAAACAUUUAUCUCAUCACUCUUGAUUAUUUGUGAACUAUGCCGCACGUGUCCAAGCAGGUGCGCCGUGAAUCCGGUGAUACGUAGCGGUCGCAGUUUACACGGCACGUGUCCAUUUGGCGAAUCGCCUCAAUCAAUACCUUUUUUCACUCGGAUUAUUAAGAUUUUCAAGUUAUAAUUUAUAAUAACUAAUUCAUCCACAACGUGAAAAGAAUAAAUAAAGUUGAGAACCGGUUUAAAGUCACCCUUACGAGUGAUUUCACCGGAUAGGGUAUACAAUAGAUAAUCACAAAUGUGUAUUUUGCAAAGCUGGAAAAUUAAUUGCUGGAUCCGUAGACUCGAAUAUCAAUGUAGCUUCUAACUAUAAGGUCGUUAUAUUUGCAGAAAGCUGCUUUUGAUUUUCUAUUCAAGCUUUUAUUUUAUCUGCUUGAAGUUAUAAACUGAAUACCUGUAUUGUAGCAAAAAAGACGAUGAAGGACAGUAAAAUUAGAAAAAUUCGGAGCAUUUCUUUGAUGAAGAGAAUAAAAAGACCGGUUUGUGCAGAGGCAGGCUGAACAGCUGACAUUGUUUUUUGAAUAGAACCCUGAUAGAUCGUUGCACCAAAAAACAUCAGAGAAUUUAAAGUUCAGACCAGUUAAAAUCUUUUCUAAAAAAAAGAAGAAAUUUUCAGGUUCACGAUGAUUUUUGGGACUGAAAAAGACGAACUGACGCGUCUGCGAUUCCGUUUUGACGAUUUGUUUCUCAAAAAACUUGACGUCGACUCCCUUGAUCACAGUUUGUAUCCGACAGAUCGAAAAUACGAAUAAAUAUUUUUAAGUUGAGCUUCCGAGAACGUCGAAAGUAGACGGGGGAUGUCGAGAGAUGCGUCGGAAGGCCUUGCGGAUAAACGUAAGAAAAUUCUAGCUUUUCUGGCUGAAACUUUUGGCUUAUCAGGUUACUGCGAACGAGAACGAGAUCGAGUUUAGAAUAGCUGAUCAAGUGAUCAAAAGACCUUUCGAAUUACCUGUACGCAAACUUCAGGUAUUUUCAUUACUUUUUAGGGAUCUUUUACUCUUCGUCUUCUAUCUUUUAGACUAAUUUAUUCCUACCAGUGUUGCAAUUUCAUCUCUCUUCUUUUAAGUUGGAUAAAAGCGGAAUUUUUAGUACUAACUCAUACAUGAAAACUUACUAGUUAUUACUGUUUUUAAAUGAAAUAAUCUCCCUUUAAAAUGUAUUGAAACUUGAACUUCAUCAUCAUUUUUAGGUGGCUAUACCCCAAAAUGUUCCUUGCUGUUUGAUUCGAGGCCUUCUCUUAACUGACAUUCAAGGUAUUAUUUUUUUUGUGAAAGGACGUGAUUUUUGGAUUGAAGGUCUGAUGACACCCACUGCGGUUUCGAAUCUUCAAAGGGUCUCUUCAAAGUUCAGAGUUACCGGUUGGUUUUGAUUUUCAGUACUGAAGUGAAAGGAAUGCGAAAGUUUAAUGGAUCUCUGAAAAAAAAUUAUUAUUUGUAAAAAGCUUCAGUGCAAAAGAGCACAACGGCGAAAAGUCAAAUGAUAUUGGCGACGUCGACGCCGAGGUCAAACAGUAUUUCGAAAGGUAACUGUUCGACGAUAAGCCAUUCUAGCUCAAGAAGUUCAGGGACCGAGGAGUUGGAAGUGGAGCGGAUGCCGUCGACGAGUCAGACUCCAUCUGAUGACAGUUCGGCGUCUUCCACAACUUCAAGUGGAAUCACUAAAUCUUGGUAAACCUUUGAUAAAUUGUGUUUUUACUGAAAAAAUUUACAUAGUCGGGUAGCUAGCUGCAAAUGUUUUGUCAUACAACAAUAUUUUAAAUCGAAGAUGGCAAAAGUCUAACUCCGCGUAACUUUUUUUUUGUUGGGUUUUCCGUUUUCGAAACUGUUUCAGUAAGAACUUGUGUAAAGAUCACAUUCAAAAAUAGAAACGGAAAAUAUCACAGUAGCUGACAAAAAGAAAUCCAAUACUCAUUGCCAUCCCGGUGUUGCGAAAAUGAAGUGAUUGAUUAGAUUAUUAAUGAAACUCGAAUGGAAAGAGCUUUUAUAUGCCGAAAACAAUUAAUUAUUGGAGAAGUUAGCAGAGAGCUCUGUGUAACGCUUUUGAUGGUUACCUUCUUUCCAUCAAAAACUGCAUCUGGUGAUGACGGUAAUCGAUUUUCCUCUUUUUUUUUUCCUCAAUAUUCUUUCUGACGAAAGUCUUCAGCAGAAAAAUAUUAAUCACCAAAAACAUUAUAGGGAGAAAAAAAAAUGGAAAAAUCUGAAACCGAUGAUUGUAACUGGAAUUUGAACGGCAUGCUUGAACUGAGGGUUUCGCAGGACGCACACAGUCAACGAAGAGUGGUCGACGACGUUCAUCGUCUGCUGCACGGUGAUCACCGGCCUGAUGAGCACCCUCGUUCUUUUCGGCGUGUUCAUGUUCUUUUACCUGAUGACUAAGCCUAAGGGCGGAAAGUCGCCUUAUUCAAUCGACACCUGA